CAUCAUAUCAUGUAUCUUUGAACUCUUACUGCUCUUUGAGCUCAAUUAUAAUACCCAGCCUGUAUAGCUCAACUUACCUUAAGAAGUCUGAGAUCAAAUCAUGUUACCAGCCUCCAUCAUUGCUUAUUUUUCUUUUUUUCUAGUGGCAGAGGCAGCGGUGACUUUGCAACAGGAAAAAAUAACACUAACAAAAACUGAUGGCCAAAUAGCCCAGAUCCGAUGCAGAGUCUCUGGAACAAGCUUUGCCACAGCAACAAUCCACUGGUACCAGAGACAAGAUGGUGAAGUCAUGAAGAGGAUUCUUUAUGUAGCUGAUAAAACGGCUCAGUACGACAACAAAAGAGAUGCAGAUGUGUUUGUGGUGGGCAACAUUCCUGGAGAACAUUUCACCGAGAGAUACUUAGCAAUACGAUCUGUGAAAUCCAGCUACUCUGCAACAUAUUACUGUGCGUGCUGGGACGCCCACAGUAAAUUAAACCCUAUAGACAACCUGUUCAAAAAGAUUUAGAGAUAAUGCACUGUACAGUUUCCAACAAACUUCAGAAACCUCA